AUGGCUGCUUCUCGUCUCACCUACCCUCCUCAUCUACUCUCAACCCCACGACCAUCACCAACCUCCGUCGCUAACCUCCGUCUUCCCGCCGCUAAUUUCUCUAUCCGCUUCAAAUCUAACUUCUUCUCCGCCGAAAGCAGGAGUGUGCCGGUUCCGGUAGUGUUUUCCGAUCGUCACCGACGUCAAAGCAUGAAACCAAUCAAUGUCUAUGUGGCUUCAAAUACCACUGGAGUAGAGAUUGAAAGUCAGGAAAUGGUGAAGAAUCCGAGCUUGAUCUGUGCUCCAGUGAUGGCUGAUUCAAUAGACAAGAUGGUGACUGAAACGUGCAAAGCUCAAGAAUUGGGUGCAGACUUGGUGGAAAUAAGAUUAGAUAGUCUUAAAGAUUUCAACCCUCUUGAAGAUCUGAAAACUAUUAUACAGAAGUCUCCUCUUCCUACUCUCUUCACAUACAGGCCAAAAUGGGAAGGUGGUCAAUAUGAAGGUGAUGAAAACAAGCGUCUGGAUGUGCUCCGUUUAGCCAUGGAACUUGGAGCUGAUUACAUUGAUGUUGAACUUCAGGUUGCAGGUGAGUUCAUCAAAUCGAUUGAAGGAAAGAAGCCUGAAAAUUUCAGAGUCAUUGUUUCAUCGCACAACUAUCAAAGCACCCCUUCUGUUGAAGAUCUCAGUGACCUUUCCGUAAGAAUACAACAAUCUGGAGCAGACAUAGUGAAAAUUGCUACUACUGCUGUGGAUAUUACAGAUGUUACUCGCAUGUUUCAUAUAACCUCAAAUGCUCAAGUUCCUAUAAUUGGACUUGUUAUGGGAGAAAGAGGUCUAAUGUCUCGGAUACUUUGUUCGAAGUUUGGUGGAUAUUUGACCUUUGGCACCUUGGAAUCUGGAAAAGUUUCAGCACCUGGCCAACCAACGAUCAAGGAUCUGUUGGAUCUUUACAACUUUAGAAGAAUUGGUCCUGACACUAAGGUGUAUGGAAUUAUUGGCAAGCCUGUGAGUCACAGCAAAUCACCUAUUGUUCACAAUCAAGCUUUCAAAUCAGUUGAUUACAAUGGAGUGUAUGUUCACCUCUUAGUUGAUGAUCUUGCAAGCUUUCUCAAAACAUACUCAUCAUCUGAUUUCGCUGGAUUCAGCUGUACAAUUCCUCACAAAGAAGCUGCAUUGAAAUGUUGUGAUGAGGUUGAUCCAUUGGCUAAGUCUAUAGGAGCUGUGAACACUAUACUAAGGAGACAAAGCGACGGCAAGUUGCUGGGUUACAACACGGAUUGUAUUGGUUCCAUUUCUGCUAUUGAGGAUGGCCUUAGAAGCUCAAGUGAUCCAAGCGGUGUAGCUUCUUCAUCUUCGCCAUUAGCUGGUAAAACAGUUGUGGUUAUUGGUGCUGGUGGAGCAGGCAAGGCACUUGCUUAUGGUGCAAAAGAGAAGGGGGCCAAAGUUGUCAUUGCUAAUCGAACUUACGAACGAGCACUAGAGCUCGCAGAAGCAAUUGGAGGCAAAGCGUUAUCUCUCACGGAUUUAGAUAACUUCCACCCAGAAGAUGGCAUGGUAUUGGCCAACACCACGUCUAUGGGUAUGCAACCAAAUGUUGAUGAGACUCCCAUCUCCAAGCAUGCAUUGAAGCACUACGCACUAGUCUUUGAUGCGGUUUAUACGCCAAGAAUCACACGACUAUUACGGGAAGCAGAAGAAUGCGGAGCCAUAACAGUGUCAGGCUCAGAGAUGUUUGUGAGGCAGGCUUACGAGCAGUUUGAGAUUUUCACCGGUUUGCCCGCUCCAAAGGAACUCUAUUGGCAAAUCAUGUCAAAGUACUAA